AUGCCGCGCCGAGAAGAUGACGAGGACCUGCUCCAGUACAUGGUCCCUGGCAGUACGCUUGACGACAUCAUUACUGACGACGAUGAUGAUGAGUUUGACGCGUACUUCGACGUCGUGGAGAACAAUAAAACGGGCACGGCGCCUAUGGUGGUGGCGAGCAAUGCCACACAAGCGAACGCUCAAGGUGGUGCAACUUCGUUGGCUAAAUUCCAGCCUGCACAACACAAGAAUGCGAAUGCCAGUGUCCUAAACCGAAUUCGCAUCGAUGAAUUCUACGAAGGGCACGGUGGGGGUGCGAGCGGAGGUGCGAAAGCCAACCAGCGCGUGCUUAACGAGCUGCGUGACAUGACCAUAAGCAGCCGCUUUGCCUCCAGUCAGUCCCCGAAGAACGUGGACCGCUCGGAGCGUGCGACAGUAGAGAAUGUAAUGGACCCGCGCACGCGGCUCAUCCUAUAUAAGCUAGUUAACACGGGUAUUCUAUUCGAAAUCAACGGGUGCGUCUCCACCGGGAAGGAAGCGAAUGUGUACUACGCCGUAUCUGGUGAUGGUAGCCCCGUCGCGCUCAAGGUCUUCAAGACCUCCAUCUUGGCUUUCCGUGAUCGAGACCAGUACGUUUCUGGCGAGUAUCGCUUUCAGCGAUACUGCAAGAGCAACCCACGCAAGAUGGUGCGCACCUGGGCCGAGAAGGAAGCCCGUAACCUCAGUCGCCUCCAGGACGGCGGCGUCUUGGCCCCGGCAGUGAAGCUCCUGAGGCAUCAUAUCCUCGUGAUGGAGUUUCUCGGCGAGGAUGGCUGGCCUGCGCCGCGGCUGAAGGAAGUGCACUUCCCCUCCCACGCUGCCCUGGAUCGCUGUUACCUGGACCUGUGCUGCACGAUGCGCAAGAUGUAUGCACGCAGUCGGCUCAUACAUGGCGAUCUCUCAGAGUACAAUCUGCUUCUCUAUCGCGGGCGUGUUGUUGUGAUUGACGUAUCACAGUCGGUUGAGAGCGACCACCCGCGUGCCAUGGACUUCCUGCGGCGUGAUAUUAUCAACGUGAACUCGUUUUUCGCGUCCCAGGGGCUCGCCAACCCCUUCACCCUGCAAGAGCUUUUUCACUUCAUCACGGCGGCAUCGGCGCCUUCUGGAUGGCGAUGCUGUACCGGCCCCCAAAACGAACAAGAGCUGCUGACGCACCUAAAGGAACUCCGUGAGUGGAAGCAACAGGAGGGUGAGGAUACGAUCGCCCAGAGCGAGAAGGCCAAGGUUGACGAACAGGUGUUCCUGAACAUCGCAGUGCCGCGAACACUAAACGAGAUUUCCGAUCGAAGAGCCCCCAACGAGGAGGUGGCACCCUUCGUGGAGGGGAUGAUUGCCCCUGGAAGGCGUCAGGUAGCAGGGGACACGGCGCAAUGUGCCGAGGCGCCGCUCAGCGAGGGGAGCUCCGAAUGUGAGCAGGCUAGUGACGACGGGACAGCCGGGAAGGAGGUGCGGAAUGACGCGGUCGGUGAAAAGCGCAGGAACAGGGUCCCCGCGGUGGAGUCACGGACGCUAGCAGAAAUGACUAAGGAAGAGCGCAAAGAACAUCGCAAAGCCGUGAAGGAGGCCCAGCGGAAACGGCGUGUGACAAAGAAAAAGGAUGCGUCGAGGAAGGGGAAGCACCACAAGCACUGA